CCUUUUUUACUUUCAUGGUUCUUGACUGCGCUGGGUUGUUCAUAAAUAUAGUAGCGUGAGCGGUUCAAUGGCGGGUUCAAUAGAGAUACCACUUCGCGACACAGACGAGGUUAUAGAACUUUGUUUAGAUCAAUUACCAGAUGGAGAUGAAGUUCUUGGAAUUCUACGGCAAGAACAUGCCCAACUUUACAUUUGGGUCAAUUUGGCUCUUGAGUAUUAUAAACAACAAAAAAUUGGUGAUUUUAUCAAGAUACUUGAAUCUUCUCGUAUUGAUGCAAAUAUUGACUAUCGUGACUAUGAAAAAGAUCAGAUGCGAGCUCUUGACAUGUUGGCUGCCUAUUAUGUCCAGGAAGCCAAUAAAGAAAAGAAUAAGGAUAAAAAAAGAGAUCUUUUUACAAAAGCUACGUUAUUGUAUACAACAGCUGACAAGAUUAUUAUGUAUGAUCAGAAUCACUUACUUGGUCGUGCUUAUUUCUGCCUACUUGAAGGCGACAAAAUGGAACAGGCUGAUGCACAGUUCAACUUUGUGCUGAAUCAGUCGCCAAAUAAUAUACCAUCUUUACUCGGUAAAGCCUGCAUUGCUUUUAACAAAAAGGACUACAGAGGUGCUCUUGCAUUUUAUAAAAAAGCUCUCAGAACUAAUCCAAGCUGUCCAGCUGCUGUUAGAUUGGGAAUGGGUCACUGUUUCAUGAAAUUGAACAAUCAAGAAAAAGCACGACUUGCGUUCGAAAGAGCUUUGCAGUUAGAUGGACAAUGUGUCGGUGCACUAGUUGGUCUUUCCGUCUUGAAAUUAAACCAGCAACAGCCCGACAGCAUAAGAACUGGUGUGCAGAUGUUAUCAAAGGCAUACACGAUCGAUUCUACGAACCCAAUGGUGUUAAAUCAUUUAGCAAACCAUUUCUUCUUUAAGAAAGAUUAUAGUAAAGUUCAGCAUUUAGCAUUGCAUGCGUUUCAUAAUACGGAAAACGAAGCUAUGCGAGCAGAAAGUUGCUAUCAAUUAGCUAGAGCAUUUCAUGUUCAAGGUGAUUACGACCAAGCGUUUCAAUAUUAUUAUCAGGCAACGCAGUUUGCUCCUCCUGUAUUUGUUUUACCGCAUUUUGGCUUAGGACAGAUGUAUGUUUACCGUGGUGACGCUGAGAAUGCAGCUCAGUGUUUUGAAAAAGUUCUGAAGGCACAACCAGGAAAUUAUGAAACAAUGAAGAUUCUUGGCUCACUCUAUGCUAAUUCGAGUUCCCAAUCGAAACGGGACAUUGCAAAAAAUCAUUUGCGCAAAGUAACGGAACAAUUUCCCGAUGAUGUCGAAGCUUGGAUCGAAUUAGCGCAAAUAUUGGAGCAAAGUGAUCUGAAUGCAGCUUUAAAUGCUUAUGGAACUGCGACUAGGAUCUUAAAAGAGAAAGUUCAAGCGGAUAUUCCACCAGAAAUCUUGAACAAUGUUGGAGCGUUACAUUAUAGACUCGGUAAUUUGGAAGAAGCCAGGAAAAAUUUGGAAGAAUCUCUGGCACGUUCAAAAGCAGAUGCCUUGCAUGAUUCGGUAUAUUACAAUUCGAUAGCUGUGACAACCACGUAUAAUUUAGCGCGUCUCAACGAGGCAUUGUGUAUAUUUGACCGAGCAGAAAAAUUAUAUAAAGAUAUUCUGAAAGAGCAUCCAAAUUACGUAGACUGUUAUUUGAGACUUGGUUGCAUGGCUAGAGACAAGGGACAAAUAUACGAGGCGUCUGAUUGGUUCAAGGAUGCUUUAAGAAUCAAUAACGAACAUCCCGAUGCAUGGUCCUUACUAGGUAACCUGCAUUUAGCCAAGAUGGAAUGGGGUCCCGGUCAAAAGAAGUUUGAGAGAAUACUGAAAAAUCCGACAACAAGUACAGAUGCAUACUCUUUGAUAGCUUUAGGCAAUAUUUGGUUGCAGACGUUGCAUCAAAGUGGAAAAGACAAGGAAAGAGAGAAGAGACAUCAAGAUCGAGCAUUAGCAAUGUAUAAGCAGGUUCUGAGAAAUGAUCCGAAAAAUAUCUGGGCUGCGAAUGGCAUUGGCGCUGUUCUUGCGCACAAAGGUUGCGUGAACGAAGCUAGAGAUAUAUUUGCUCAAGUGCGCGAAGCAACGGCAGAAUUUUGUGAUGUUUGGCUGAAUAUAGCACAUAUCUACGUAGAGCAAAAACAAUUCGUUAGUGCUAUUCAAAUGUACGAAAACUGUUUGCGUAAGUUCUAUAGAUAUCAUCACGUUGAAGUCUUGCAAUAUCUUGGGAGAGCUUACUUCAAAGCUGGCAAGCUAAAAGAAGCAAAACUGACGUUAUUAAAGGCACGCCGAGUAGCCCCGCAGGAUACCGUUUUAUUAUACAACAUUGCUCUUGUACUCCAACGAUUGGCUACGCAAAUUCUUAAAGAUGAAAAAUCUACUUUGACCACCGUACUCCAAGCCGUUCACGAAUUAGGCCUUUCACACAAAUAUUUCCAAUAUUUGUCAGCGCACGGUGAUAGGAUGGAGCAACUGGCUGAAGCAGAAGCUAGGAGAUGCCAAGAUUUAUUAUCGCAAGCACAAUAUCAUGUUGCUAGAGCUAGAAGAUUAGACGAGGAAGAAAAGAUGUUAAGGCGAAAACAGGAAGAAGAAAGACAAGCCUUCAAAAUGCGCCAGACAGAAGAACAACGCAAGUUAGAAGAGAUGCGUCGUCAGAAAGAAGAAGAAAUGUUACAGAAGCGACAAGAAUAUGUAGAAAAGACUAAGAAUGCACUAGUAUUUGGGGAAAUGCCAUCGGAGAAGCCUGGAAGGAAGGGUAAAAGGGUCCGAACUGAUCAAUACAUCAGUGACAGCGGAGGAUCUGGCAGAGACGAAGGCAGAGAGGAAGUGCUAAGAGAACGAAAGCGAAAGAGGAAACCAAGUGGUGAAACUAAAGAGCGAAAGAGCAGAGGUAAAGGCAGACGCAAGAAAGAUACUGGAAGCGGUGAAAGCGGAUCGGAAAGCGAUCAACCGAAACGUAAGCGUGGCAAAAAAAAUAUUGGGAGGAAAGAGAAAUCCAAGGGUAAAGGUGCAGUCGAAACUCUUAAGGGCAAAUUGGUUAAAUCGAAAGAAACUAUCUCUACGAGCGAGUCAGACAGUGAUACAGGCGGCCUUAAGAUCGCCAGUGGUGGAGAAAGUGGCAACGAGAAUCAACCGCGCAGCAGCAGACGAAUUGCAUCCGAUUCAGAAGGUUCUUGCGCUUCGCGCUCAAGAUCUCGUUCAAGAUCAAAAUCUGGGAGCCGCUCAAGAAGUAGCUCACGUUCGCGUUCGCGUUCGCGUUCGCGUUCGCGUUCGCAUUCACGUUCGCAUUCACGUUCGCGUUCGCGUUCGCGUUCGCGUUCUGCUUCUCGCUCGCGAUCUCCAUCUCGAUCACAAUCACGCUCUCGAUCUCGGUCUGCUUCUGGAUCUAGAUCAAGAUCAAGAUCUAAAUCUAGAUCUAAAUCCAGAAGUGUUUCAAAAUCCAGAAGCCGUUCCAGGUCAAGAUCAAGGUCGGCCAAGAGCGGGUCAAGAUCGAGGUCGGGCUCGCGCAAGAGCCGUUCAAGAUCAAGGUCGGGCUCGCGCAAAAGCAGAUCAAGAUCAAGAUCAAGGUCAGGCUCGCGCAAAAGUGGGUCGCGAUCAAGGUCUAACAGCGGUUCACGGAGGAGCGGUUCGAGAAGCAAGAGUCGAUCGCGAUCUAAAUCAAAGUCUGUCUCUAGGUCCAAGUCUAGAUCGAGAAGCGGCAGUCGAUCGCGAUCGCGCUCUAGAUCGAAGAGCGGUUCUCGAAGCCGAAGUCCGAGUGGAUCUGCACGCUCUGCGUCUCCGGUAUCUAGGAAAUCGGUCUCGGGUAGUGGUGGUAGCGACAGUGAAUAGAAAAGUUAUACAUUUAUAUAUACAUAUACAUACAUAUAUGUUUAAUACUAAAAUGUUUAAUGAUAAAAGGAUUUUUUAGG